CACGAACUGACGUAUCCUGAAGCUUCCCUAGACCUUCACUCUUCCUUCCAAAGACCACCUUUCAUCCACCUGGCGUGGAGUUCAUCUAACAGACCGAUCUUUCACAAUUGCUGGUUUGCAUAGCGACACUCUUCCAUUAUGUCGAUAGCUCCCAUCAUCACCUUCAAAGCAGGUAUCUGCGACUUGGAUAGCUCCACAACCCCUGCUACUGUGAAACCCAAGCCCACCCCGGGCUAUAUCUACCUCUACUCCGAAGAUGACCUGGUGCACUUCUGCUGGCGGCCCCGUAGCUCGCCCAUUGACGAGCCUGAUGUGGACCUAGUGAUGAUCCCUACAGAUGGAAGCUUUACCCCAUACAGAAAGGAUGUUACAAACGGCCGGGUGUUUGUCUUGAAGUUCUCGUCCAGCUCCCAGCGGUAUCUAUUCUGGCUGCAGUCUCAGUCCCAGCACGAGAGUGGUGACGCGAGCUGGUUCAGUCCCCGCGAUCUGAAGCUUGGAGAGAUUGUCGAUGUUCUUUUGCAGGGUGAAGACGUGGACGUGGAACAUGAGAUUGCCAAUCUACCCCAACGGCCAUCUGGCGGGGAUGAUGAUGAGACCAUGGAAGAUGUGGAGGGAACAGACCAUGAUGCGACCCACCACGGUGCAGGCAGUGGUGGAGCUGGUGCAGAUGCGACUGGAGGGGAUAUCCGCGAGGAGGGCCAGGAGUCGCGUGAGGGUGGUGCCGAUGGUGGACGAGCAGCAAAUGAUGAGUCCGAUCCAUCUUUGGUUGUCCAGGACUUCUUGCGAUCUCUGGGUGGUCAACGUCAGUCUCAAUCCCAGGACCCCGAACGACCUUCUACAACUCUCCAGGACCUAUUGCCACCUCCCACCACCCUGCCAUACAUUGAGACCGCGGAUGAAUCUACUGCCGAUCACCUUCUAAGCUUCUUGCCGCCCGCACUGCUUCUGCUGGCCCAGGGCAAUGCGGAGGCCUCGGAAGCGGACACGGACCCCGAGUUGGCCCAGGCGGCUCUUCUUUCUCUCGACCUCACUCAGAAAAAAGACAUCCUCCGCAAGGUGCUCCGAUCCCCCCAGUUUACGCAAAGCUUAGCUAGUCUUACUGUGGCUCUUCGCGAUGGUGGACUGCCUAGUAUCAGCGAAGCCCUGCAGAUUCCAGUGGCCAAUGGAGGGUUCAUGCGUCGAGGCGGUGUACCUCUGGGUGGGGGUGAUGCAGUGGAGGCGUUUCUAGAUGGCGUUCGGCAACAUGUCAAGAAGGAUGAAUCGCAGAUGGAGACGGAUUGAUAUGAAUAUGCUCUUACACAUCUCAUUUAUGCAGGAAAAUGUUCGAAACCAUAUACUAUUUUUGGUAGCAGGGUAACCCCACCAGGC